AUGGCGAAAACGUCGGUGGAGUUCUGUGUGAUCUCCGCUCGCGGCCUGGGCCGCAGAUCGUCGCUGCUCAAACCGCAGUGGUUCUCCGUCGCAUGGGUCGAUCCCAACAGCAAGUACUGCACCAAGGUGGAUGCGUCAGGGAGCUCUGACCCAAGCUGGGGCAUGAAGUUCUCGGUCUCGGUUGACGAGCAUGAUCUGAGCAGCCUUCAGCAGAUGGUGCUGACGGUAGAGGUGUACAGGAGAGAGCCCAUCUUCCUCAGGGAGCACCUCCAGGGAGCUGCCGUUGUCCAGAUGGAGGAGUAUUUCGACAAAUUUGAGCAUGGCGAGGAGCAGCCUGGCGUCGUUGAGGAGACUGCAUGCUUCCAGCUUAGGAGGAAGAAGUCAGACAAAGCUCAUGGGUUUGUCGACAUAUCCAUCCGUAUCUACAAGGAGGAAGAUGUUCAUGCUCAGUUUUCAGGAUCACACGACGGAUCAAAGCACCCAAACCAGGUUGGCAUCACACUAGCUAUAGAAGAUGGUCCAGUUUAUAACUAUCCACCACUGCCCUCAAGCCAUUAUAGGGAUCACAGCAAAGGUGGUGAUCGCUACAGCAACACAAUGCUACCAAGCCCUACCACUAGGCCAGAUCCAUCACCCUCAGGAGGUAAUGGCUAUAGCAAACAACCCCCACCAAUCCCACAAACCCUGCCACCUCCCACUUCAAACCCCAGUUACUUUUCCCCACCGUAUCCUGCGAGGGGGCAAGUGCCACAGAGCUACAUAAAUAUGCCACCAAGAAGGUUUGCAGGUCAGAACAGUUCAUCUAACCUUGGAAUGGGGCUUGGGGCUGGAGCACUGGCCGCUGGAACCCUGAUAUUUGGUGAAAAUUUGUUGCCAGGACCAAAUUUUGGUGCUGGUCUUGAUGGUGCGAGCUUAACUUUAUCUUCUGAUGCACCAUUCUAA